UUGUUUUUUAAAAAGCACUGUGCAGCAGCGCAAUACCUGAAUGAAACGGACUGGAUGCUGGUGUUGGACGCGGACACAGGUGUCGUCAAUCCGAAUCACUGCAUCGAAGAAUGGAUCGACCCGCGGGUUGACAUCGUCUUUUACGAGCGCGCAUUCAACUGGGAAAUUGCUUCUGGUAAUUAUUUGGUAAGUGCAGCUGUUGUUCGACUUUGCAGGACUUUCGAGAUAGUAAAAAAUACUCCAUUUGCGAAGAAAUUUUUGAAUGAUUGGGCAAAUUGGCAGUACAAGCAGCCAUCGAACUGGAACGGCGCAGAUAACGGCGUAUUGCAAGUGCGUGCCUUACUUCUGAGUAGUAACUCAGAUACUCCUUGCAUUCAUGAAACGAUAUCGAUCCCGAACUGUCAUCUCAUGUGUCAUCUCAUGCGGCAAUUGCACAUUUUUGGAAAUGAAUUCGGUUUCAGAUGCACAUUCUGCUAA